GUUUGUUACCGCUCUAAAAUGCAUCCAGAUAAUAACACAAGUUCAUCAUCGCAAAUCUAUUUUAAAACUUUUUGCUAGUAGCAGCGUUUCUCAGGCUAAAGUAAACUAAACACACAGUAAUAAGUUAACUCGGUCCAUGUUGUUUUGCAAACAAAGUCCUUGUCUUGGAAAGAUCACAUUAGAGACAUCCCCUGCCAAAAAAUAAAAAAUAAAAAGUUUCAGAAACUUUAACAGAACUCCAUUAUUAUUAUUAUUAAAGAAAAAACAAACAACACAACAGCAAGUGCUACAGAUUAUUAUUAUACUUCACAGACAACCUUAGCACGUGAUUUAUCUCCCAAUAAAUCUUAAAAUUUACCAACCUGGAAUUUAUUUUCAUUUUCAAUAUAAUCCAUUUCUUGUCUGAUCAUUUCAAUCAAUCCAAGUAAAAAGAAAAAGAAAGAGAGUAAAAAUUCCAUAUUUUUAUUUUUUUUUGUCUGGUUUGUUUGUUGUGUUGCAUCUGUGUCUGAGACUGUCCGAGUAGUCCUAUUUUUAUCUGUUGUUUGGUUUUUCUCUUUUUCUGUAUUUGCAUUGGCUUAGCGUGUUCGGUUUGAUGGGGAAGAAAAUGAGAGAAUCAAAAAAGAUGAAGAAGAAUUCAGAGAUUAAAACCAACAACAACAUACCCACAUGGAAUUUGUGGGGUUUAGGUGAAGAAAAAGAUACUCGUAAGAAUCAUCACUCUCACCCUUCUCAACUUACUCACUGAACAGACACAACACAGAGAGAAACAGAAAGAAAAAUCACUCCCUUUUCCCUUUCUCAGCUUCUCAAAAUAGGGAUUUUUACUGAAAAUUUCUUAUUCAACUUUUUCUGUUUACUGAACUGGGAGUAAAAUUCUUAUCAAAACAGUGAAUUCUAGCUAUCUGGGUUUGAUCUGAACUAGAGUUUAGUUGAGAAUGUUAAAUUUUUUUCCGCUGCUGAAAAAAGUAUCAACUUUUUGACAGAUUCUUGAUAGAAUUUAGUUGAAGAAUCAGUGACAGUGUUGAUUUCGCAAUCUGGGUUUCAUUGAUUAGGCAACUGCAGUAUAUUGUUUUUGUACUUUCUGGGUUAUGGUUUUAGGAAGUAGGUUUCACGACUGAAAAAUUUAGUAUGGAAAGGAGAAAUUUCCUUUUGUGGAGAUUGUGUUCACUGGUUUUGGUCUUGAUGGAGGCUUCUUUUGCUACUCUUUCGCCUUCUGGGAUUAACUACGAAGUUGUGGCACUGGUGGCUAUAAAGAAUGAUCUAAAUGAUCCACAUAAUGUGUUGGAGAACUGGGAUAUCAAUUCAGUAGAUCCUUGUAGCUGGAGGAUGGUUACUUGCACGACAGACGGCCAUGUCUCUGCACUGGGGUUGCCUAGUCAGAGCUUGUCUGGGUCUUUAUCGCCGGGAAUUGGAAAUCUCAGUUACCUGCAGUCUGUAUUGUUGCAAAAUAACGACAUAUCUGGUCCUAUUCCGACUGAGAUCGGGAAAUUGAAGAAGCUACAGACUCUUGAUCUAUCAAAUAAUAAAUUUAAUGGUGUGAUUCCGCAUUCUAUCGGAAACCUUGGAAACCUGAAUUAUCUCCGACUCAAUAACAACAGCCUUAAUGGACCCUUCCCUGUAUCGCUUUCCAUCAUUGAAGGUCUCACACUUGUGGACCUUUCUUACAACAAUCUUAGCGGUUCCUUGCCAAAAGUAUCUGCGAGAACUUUCAAAAUUGUUGGAAAUCCAUUAAUAUGUGGAUCAAAUUCAGGACAUAACUGUUCUGCUGUCUCGCCUGAUGAGACACUUUCAUUUCUACCAGAUGCUCUGAAAGAACAACCAGAGGCGGGGGUACGAACAACCCACCACAUAGUUAUUGCAUUUGCUUCAAGUAUAGGAUCUGUUUUUAUAGUUAUCGUUGUUGUGGGAUUUCUUCUCUGGUGGAGAUACAGACACGACCAGCAGAUAUUUUUUGAUGUCAAUGCAGAUCAAUAUGAUCCAGAAGUAUGCUUGGGUCAUCUGAGGAAGUAUUCAUUUAAGGAGCUUAGAGGGGCCACUGACCAUUUCAAUCCGAAGAAUAUUUUAGGAACGGGUGGGUUUGGAGUUGUUUACAAAGGAUGCUUGCAAGAUGGAACUGUGGUAGCCGUUAAAAGGUUGAAAGAUUAUAAUGCAGUCGCUGGUGAAGUUCAAUUCCAAACAGAAGUUGAACUGAUAAGCUUGGCAGUCCAUCGGAAUCUACUCCGUCUAUGUGGGUUCUGCAUGACAGAUACCGAACGUCUCCUUGUUUACCCCUUUAUGCCAAAUGGAAGUGUUGCAUCUCGGUUAAGAGAUCAGCUUCCUGGUAAGCCAGCUUUAGACUGGUCAAGGCGUAAGAAGAUCGCAUUAGGAACAGCUCGGGGGUUACUGUAUUUGCACGAGCAGUGUGAUCCUAGAAUUAUACAUCGUGACGUGAAAGCAGCAAACAUACUUCUUGAUGAAGAAUUCGAAGCAGUUGUUGGAGAUUUUGGAUUAGCAAAGCUCUUGGACCAUCAUGAUUCUCAUGUAAGCACAGCUGUUCGUGGAACUGUUGGGCACAUAGCCCCUGAGUACUUAUCAACUGGACAGUCAUCAGAUAAGACAGACGUGUUCGGUUUUGGUAUCUUGCUGUUAGAGCUGAUCACAGGUCAAAAGGCGCUAGAUUUUGGACGAGCAGUGAACCAGAAAGGUGUAAUGCUUGAUUGGGUUAAAAAGCUUCAUCAUGAGAGAAAACUCAAUUUAAUGGUAGAUAAAGAUCUAAAGAACAAUUUCGAUAGGGUUGAGGUAGAAGAGAUGGUUCAAGUUGCUCUUUUAUGUACACAAUUUCACCCUUCUUACCGGCCGAAGAUGUCUGAGGUUUUGAGAAUGCUAGAAGGUGACGGCCUUGCCGAGAAAUGGGAAGCCUCGCAAAAGGUUGAUACACCAAAGUAUCGAUCCUUGGACAACCCACAGCAGAGAUAUUCAGACUUCUUAGAUGAGUCGACGUUGGACGUUGAAGCAAUGGAGCUUUCUGGCCCAAGGUGAGAGAUAAGUAGCAACUAGCAAAUCCUCUCUAUCUCCAACUUCUGUCAUAGAAUGAGUUGAAGAAGUUGGAAAUAGAGAUUAGAAGUAUAUUUAUAGAUGUUCAUAACUGUUAAGAAAAUGCAUGUAUAAAAAGUAGAAGCAAAAAUCAUGCAAAGAAUUUGCUGGCUGGGCCUGAGUUAGAGCUUUCUUUUUGUUAGAAAAUUUUGGAAUUCUUUUCCUACUGAGAAAUGUAUGAUAUUGCAAAUCUGCAAUUUGGUCUUG